AUGCGGCCGGGGGGCGCGCUGCUCGCCCUGCUCGCCAGCCUGCUGCUGCUGCUGCUGCUGCGCCUGCUCUGGGGCUCCACCGACCCGCCCGCUCGCUCCAGGCUCUCGGUGGAGGAGAGCAGGGACGCCACCCGCGGUACCCCCGCCGCGCUGAGGACGCUCCGGAGCCCGGCGACCCAGCUACCGCGCCCCACGAACAGCACAUUUCUGAGUGAGAAGUCCCUCCAGCUGACAGAAACAUGCAAAAGACUGCAAGACGGUUUUCAGACGUUAUCUAGCAAACUAAAAAGGUAUUUAGAGAGUGACUAUCUUCAGAUUAUCAGAAAUAUACAGAGCUGUCCAUGGAAACGACGAGAAGAAGAAUAUGAGAAUUUUAGAGCAAAACUUGCUUCCUGUUGUGAUGCCGCUCAAAACUUCAUUGUUUCUCAGAACAACACUCCAGCUGGGACCAACAUGAGCUACGAGGUGGAAAGCAAAAAUGAAAUCCUAAUUAGAGAGAAUAUUUUUAAUAUGUUUCCAGUGUCUCAGCCCUUCAUGGAGUACCCCUACAAUCAGUGCGCAGUGGUUGGAAACGGGGGAAUUCUGAAUAAGUCUCUUUGUGGAGCUGAAAUAGACAAAUCCGACUUUGUUUUUAGGUGUAACCUUCCCCCAAUUACAGGAAAUGUGAGUAAAGAUGUUGGCAGUAAAACCAAUGUUGUGACUGUAAAUCCCAGUAUCAUAAAACUAAAAUAUGGGAACUUAAAGAAAAAGAAAGAAAUAUUUCUGGAGGACAUUGCAACCUAUGGAGAUGCGUUCCUUCUUCUUCCAGCGUUUUCUUUCAGGGCCAACACGAUUGCCUCUUUCAAAGUGUACGACACCCUAAAGGAGUCUCAAGCAAAACAGAAGGUUAUAUUUUUCCAUCCCAAAUACCUGAGAAAUCUUGCCCUUUUCUGGAGAACUGAAGGUGUGACGGAGUUUCGCCUAUCCUCUGGCUUGAUGAUCACAAGUGUGGCAGUUGAACUGUGUGAGCACGUGAAGCUGUAUGGAUUUUGGCCCUUUUCUAGAACGAUUAAAGACACACCUGUCAGCCAUCACUACUAUGACAACAACUUACCCAAACGUGGUUUCCAUGAGAUGCCUAAAGAAUAUAGACAAAUUCUCCAACUUCACUUGAAAGGAAUCCUCAAAUUACAGUUUAGCAAAUGUGAAAGAGCCUAAGCAUAGUGUCUUAAAAUGGGAAAGUUUUAAUAGAAGCUGUAGGUGAGUAAUGGUGUUUCCCAACACUAAAAGCAGUGGGUGUAGGGCAUAAUAGGAAAAGCCCUGAAACAUGGUGUGAUCAAAGUUCCCCACUGAGCUUGCAACAUCAGCAGCUCAUGCAAUUGUCCCGGUCUUCAGUCUCCCUCCCUGUGAAAUGGGGACCAUG